UGGAUUACCAAAUAACUAAUCUGGUUUCCAUUUGCCUUUAUCGAUGUGUCAAUAACAUCGAAAAAACAUCAGUUUAGUUGAUGUGGAUUGUGGAAGUCGGCCACAAGUUUUGCUAGGAAGUUAUAAAAUUCCCUAUUACAAAAUGGAUGAUUUUCUAAAAAUUGAGAAAAUCGGUGAAGGUACUUAUGGUGUUGUGUACAAAGGGAAAAACAAAAUAACUGGGCAGUUUGUGGCCAUGAAGAAAAUUCGCUUGGAGUCUGAAGACGAAGGCAUUCCUUCGACAGCCAUCAGGGAGAUUUCGCUACUAAAAGAGCUGAACCACCCAAACAUAGUGAAAUUAGAAGAUGUACUUAUGGAGGAAAGCCGCCUGUAUCUCAUAUUCGAGUUCCUCUCCAUGGACUUGAAGAAAUACAUGGACUCUCUUGGAUCGGGGAAAUUUAUGGACCCAACAGUUGUGAAGAGCUACUUGUACCAGAUCAACAAUGCCAUCCUCUACUGUCACCAGAGGAGGAUCCUACAUCGGGAUCUCAAACCUCAGAACUUACUCAUUGAUAAGACUGGAAUUAUUAAGGUAGCUGACUUUGGUCUGGGGCGAGCCUUUGGAGUGCCAGUGCGUGUGUACACACAUGAGGUGGUCACUCUCUGGUACAGAGCUCCUGAAGUCUUACUCGGCAGUCAGAGAUAUUCAUGUCCAAUAGACAUGUGGUCAGUAGGCUGCAUCUUCUCAGAGAUGUCCUCAAAGAAACCUCUCUUCCAAGGAGAUUCAGAGAUUGAUCAACUUUUCCGUAUAUUCAGAAUGCUCCGUACUCCCACUGAAGAUAUCUGGCCGGGUGUGUCUUCACUGCCAGACUACAAGCCCACAUUCCCCAACUGGACUUCAUUCAACCUGCAUAAUCAUGUGCAAAACUUAGACGAAGUGGGUAUGGACCUGCUGCAAAAGAUGUUAGUGUAUGACCCGGUGAAGCGCAUCUCGGCGAAGGACGCACGCAGACACCGAUACUUCCGCGACGUGAACCUCCCGCCCGGUCUCAAGCACCACUCCGCCUACAUUCGCUACCAACCUGACUCCCAAGAAGAUGAAUGCAACGUCCAGAGCGUAUAGUACAUGAUAUAUCGAUAAGGACAUCAGUUGCGCUUCACAUGCGCUUCGCAGUCAGGUUGCGCAAUAAAUAGUGAUGCGCAACAUCCCAAAAGUCAUAUUUAAUCUUGGAUUCCAAAUAAUGUCUCCAAGUUAAAGUUAAAUAUAUUCGGUAUUGUGCAUCGCUAUGCCCAUUAGCGACAGUUUGGACCAUGUUUGCAGUCUACGAUUGCUGAAGGCCCGUCUUAAAAAACAACAGAUUUAUUUAUUUAUCUUAAUCAUCUUCAGUGCAUAUUUAUUAAUUAUAUUUAUUUUGUCUUAGUAUUCAUAAACUUUGCCAUUCUAUCAUACCAAAGUCAUAGACUGUUUUCUUCAGAAAGAUUUCUUCUUCUACUUCUACACAGAACCCAAUUGAAGAGUUUUGCGUAAUAAU